GCGCUGAGGGCCGCUCAGGGCGUUACGGGCGGCCCGCUGCCCGCCCCGCAGGCGUUAACCCGCGCGCCGCCGCCAUCCCUGCGGCAGUCCCGCUCCGAGCGCUGCCACGCUGCCGCCGCCGCCGCCGCGGUCGCCCUUCCCCGGCCGCGGCGCCGCCGAGUCCGCUGCUCUCCGGGUCCCGCCCGCCGCCAUGCUUCCGGAGCGCUGAUUGGGCGGCCGCGGAAAUCUUUGUCAGCCGAUUGGCUCUCGGCCGGGUCAGUCACAGCAGCAGAGGCGGGCACACCUGAGGCGGCGCUGCGCCCCGGGUUGGUCGAGAAUCCCAGAGCCCCGCUAUCCGCCCCCGCGCAGCCUCGGGGCCGCGGGGCCCUCUGGGCGAUGCAGUCCCCGGGCGGGGCCGUCGCCGCCGUUACUCACCGCCGUUCCGGGGGAGCGACGGGCGGCGGUCUGACGGGGACUCGGGCGGCUCCCCGCCGCAGCGUGCGGGAGCCGCAUUCCCCCGCUGCAGUACCGAGCUCCGCCUCACGGCAGCACGGGGUCGGCCGGACCCGAGUGUUGCCGGGGUGCCCGAGGCUGAGGCAGGAGGGGCCCGCCUGCGCUCACUGGCUUCACUUGAGGGCCCCCCGUCCCUCCCAAGAGCAGGCAAUGCCCGCCUCGCGCAGCGGGUCUGGCACCCCCGGCUACGCGCUGUGGCAGCGGAAGGGCACUGGUGCAGCUUGGCCACCGGCCGGCACGCUCGAUGAAGAGAAGGGUUCAGCUCCCGAGUGUGAUUUUUUUCAAGGCAAGAAUCUCCAGCCUUCUGAACGUCAUUGGUACGUGUGUGCCACCACGUAACGGCUGGCAGGACGCAUCCAUAGGCUGCGGUGUCAGCCCAGCACCCAAUGACCCAUCCCGUGGGAAGGACAGAUCUGCCCUGCUCCCUGUGCUAAGAUUGAACUUGCUGGCAUAAGAACCUUGAAAUACGAUUAGAGAUGCAAGGGAGAUUAACGUGGGCAAGACAGUUGAAGUCUAUUUCACCACCUCCAUUGGUGUGUCAGCAUAAAGACAGAACUACACAGACAUCAGGAAAUCAGUACUUCACUCUUCCUCAGGAUGCCCAAUCCAGAUAUCUCCUCCCUUGAACUCAGCAAGCUGCCAGUUUUGAGAUCUCACUCAGUCCUGUGAAGCAGAUUUCUACUGCAUGCCUUGGAUACAUGCUUCUAAGCAGCUUAUGGGCUUUCCUUGACCUAUGCUUCUUCUCCUAAUGCUGAUCUGACUAUGGCCGUCCUCAAAGUAAAAUUCACCAAAACUAAGAGGGACAAACUGGCUCAGAUCCUAUGGAUCCUCAACUGGGUUUCUGUAGUGAGUGGGAUCAUUCUCUUCAGUCUCGGCCUCUUCCUGAAAAUAGAGAUCAAGAAGCGCAACGAAGUGAUGGCAAAAGGGGACAUCAACUCUGUCCCCAACAUGCUGAUCUCCGUAGGAGUCAUAGCAUGUGUUGUCAACUUUCUGGGGGGCAAAAUCUGCUAUGACUGCUCAGAUGCCAACAAGUUCUCCCGAUGGAAACUAAUUAUGCUCCCAUACAUCAUAUGUACCUUCUGUUUUACCUUCUGCAUCCUGUUGGGUGCUCUCAUGUGCUAUACCAUGAGGAAUGAGCUGGAAGAAUCUCUCUAUUUGGGACUGAGGGAUGCUAUUAAGUUCUAUAAGGACACAGACAUACCUGGAAGAUGUUUCCUAAAAAAAACAGUGGAUAUGUUACAAAUUGGAUUCCAGUGCUGUGGAAACAAUGGCUUUAGAGACUGGUUUGAAGUUCAGUGGGUAUCUACUCGUUACCUGAACAUGGCUUCUAAGGAAGUUACGGACCGUUUCAAGAGUAACGUUGAUGGGAAGUUCUUAGUGGAUGGAGUACCCUUCAGCUGUUGCAAUCCGAGUUCCCCACGGCCCUGUAUCCAGUACCAGCUGACAAACAACAGUGCCCACUACAAUUAUGAUUUCCUAACAGAGGAGCUCAAUAUCUGGGUGAAGGGGUGCAGAGAGGCCUUGCUGGACUACUACACGGCUAUUAUGAGAUCUAUUGGUAUUGCAGCAUUGCUUAUCUGGUUGUUUGAGCUCUCUGUACUUAUUGGUGUCCGGUACCUACAAACAGCAAUGAAGAAUGUUCUGCUGCAAGGAGAUCUGCAGGGUGAAUCAGAUGGUUGGUUACUAGAAAACAGUUUUGUGGAAACUGCAAAAUAUAACAUCAAUAUUAUCAAGAACCUUGGCAAAGCCAACCAGAUCUCCACCGUCUCUGGCAUGAAUGACCCCAACAUUAACAUUCAAAACACAAACUGUGGCAAAAGCAAUGUUACAGCAAAAUCUAUCCCCGCAGCUAGCUAG